CCCAUUAGCUCUUCUUCACUCCUCUCUUCUUCUAAGGUAUCUCUCUGUAUAUUCAAAUACACAGUAUACUAUCACAUUCGCUUCGGUACUUCUCUCUUCAUUGUCGCAGACACAAAGCAGCACUAAAGGAAGCCCUUCACUACGCCGAUUAAGCAUGUCAGGCAGAAAAGAAACGGUUUUGGACCUUGCAAAGUUUGUAGACAAAGGCGUUCAAGUUAAGCUUACUGGUGGAAGACAAGUGACAGGGACUCUGAAAGGGUAUGAUCAAUUGCUUAACCUUGUCCUAGAUGAAGCUGUAGAGUUUUUAAGAGAUCCUGAUGAUCCUCUCAAAACUACUGACCAGACCAGAAAUCUUGGCUUAAUUGUUUGUAGAGGAACUGCUGUGAUGCUUGUGUCCCCAACUGAUGGUACAGAUGAGAUCGCCAACCCCUUUAUGCAGCCAGAUGGGUCCUAAGUGUGAAGUAUUUGUAUCUUAAAGUCUGUAUGCUAGCUGAUCAAUACGUCAUCGCUUAGCUACUGAGACAUUAAUGCGGGGAUACUGAUUAACGUUUUGUCUAUUUUGUAGGCUUGGAUAUUUAUUAUAUGCUUUGGAUUAAUAGAAUAUCACCCAUUUUAUGUUAUUGUUCCGAUGAAGUUUAUUUCUCUGUGAUGUGUCGUCAGCUAAUUUGAGGACUUAAUAUUCAUCAUAAUGAAAGAAGCUAAUUCAUA